GUGGCUCGUGAAUUGCGCCCUACUGCUGAAAUGGCUCUUCAAUUUCAAAGUGUAGUCAGCGGUGUUUUGCGCUCAAGUGUAUCGUGCAGCCUGAACGAUUGGAAAGGGUCGUGUCUGAGUAAUUUGGAGCAGAUUCAGCGUGGCGAGUUGUACGUGGGCUCAAAUACUUACGAGGAAGGCGGUCAUCGAGUUCGCGUGAUAUCUACUAGCCAACUUGAGGGCUUUCACUCUUCCUUAAAAAACCUGCUUACCAGAAAUGUAUCGAUUGAGGUUGGCUCGGGGAUCUUAGAUUGGCUUAUCGUCAAGCAUAAUUUGUCUAUCGGUGCUAAGUUCGGGCGCAAUCCGCCCAUGAAUGGCGUUGAUUUGAUUUCGGCGGGCCAUACUGCAUUACUCUGUGUAACGAUGGUCCCUAUUUCGCCUCAGAUUGAGUAUGUGAUGCAGCUUUUCUCUUCGCCGCUUGUAGCCCCGCAGUAUAGAACGGAGACCGAGCGGGACUUUGACUUUGACUCCUGGGCACAGGUAUUUUCACUAUUUGAAGAUAAAAAAGACGGAGGGGUCGCCCCCAGCUUUGGGCUGGAGCACACUACGGUCGCGCGUGCAAGCUAA